CCGAACUCCCGAAAAUUAUUCAUCCUUCCAUCUUCCAUUCUCGAUCCUUCCUGCGUGCUCUAUCUAUUUCUUUCCAGGCUAAACUUCUCAAGCACAAUUGUUCUGACUUGACGUACACAAUUCUUGGCCUCGCUUCUUAUCUGCCUCUUCUGCCAUACAAUAGGCACCGAUUUUCCCCCACCUCAACGUUUCCUUGAUCAUCCAUCAUGAACGGCGAAAACGGCACGACUGGCCCUGGUGCCACUGAAGAAAUCGAUCUCUAUGCCACCCUCGGAGUUGACAGGACAGCCUCACAGGCCGACAUUCGAAAGGCUUAUCGAAAAGCCGCACUCGCCCACCACCCCGACAAAGUUGCCCCAGAACAAAGAGAAGAGGCUGAGGCCAAAUUCAAAGCCGCUUCUCAAGCAUACGAAAUUCUCUAUGAUGAUGAAAAACGACACCUCUACGACACACAUGGCAUGGCCGCCUUUGAUGGAAGAGGCGGCCCAGGCAUGGGCGGCGAAGUGAACAUGGAAGAUAUCCUCAACAUGUUCGGGAUGGGAGGUGGCAUGGGAGGCAUGGGCGGUAUGCCUGGUAUGGGUGGCGUGGGUGGUGGUGGUCCCCGAAGAAUGCGUCGCAGCCCAGACGAAAAUCAAAAGUACGAAGUCACCUUGGAAGAUCUUUACAAAGGCAAGACGGUCAAGUUCUCAUCCACCAAGAACGUCAUUUGUUCAAAGUGCUCUGGCACCGGUGGUGUUGACAAGGCCAAGCCAAAGGAAUGUACUGCUUGCAAAGGGCAGGGAGUCAAGCAAGUUCUUCAACAAGUCGGCCCCGGAAUGCUCACUCAAAGAAUGGUGGAAUGUGGAACUUGCGAGGGAACCGGACAAGUUUUCAACCCCAAAGAUAAAUGCAAGAAGUGCAAAGGCAAGAGGACGACCGAAGAGAAGAAACAGCUUGAACUGUACAUCCCGCGGGGCGCUCGAGAAGGAGACCAAAUUCGUCUCGAAGGCGAAGCUGAUCAAAUCCCCGGCGCCGAUGAAACAGGCGAUAUCGUUUUCCAUCUUGUGGAACAAGCCCACGAAGUCUUCCAACGUACCGGAAACGACCUGUCGGCGAAAUUGGAAGUUACCCUUGGCGAAGCCUUGACCGGCUUCAACCGAACCGUCCUCAAACACCUCGACGGCCGCGGGAUUGUCCUCAACCAUCCUCAAGUACCAGGCCAAGUGCUACGACCCGGCGAAGUUCUCAAGAUCCAAGGCGAAGGCAUGCCACUCAAAAAGACCGACCACAAGGGUGACUUGUAUCUCGUUGUUGAAAUUCAAUUCCCUGAAGACGGCUUCCUCAUCGAUCCUACUGUGGUGGAGAAACUGCAACAACUUUUGCCCCCACCCAGCAAUCCUCCCAUCGAAGCCGAGGAGACUGAUGAAGUCGAGUUUGAAGUCGCCGACAUUGAAGACAUUGGCGGUGCAGAAGCUCAAGGCCAGUGGGAAGACGAAGAAGGAGGUCCUCAAGGAGCUCAAUGCCAAACCCAGUAGAGGUCUAGUUUUUCGUUUAGAGAUAGAGAGGUCCCUAUCACCACUACUUGGUUUCGGCUGGAUAAUGGUCAAACUGUUGGCAUCGGGGUUUUCCUGACUGUGAUAUGACUAUGAGAUGCAAAGGGCAAAAAGGAACAGCAGCAGCAGCAGCAGCAGAUUAUCGCUACGCGCGAGUUUAAUCUAUCAGCACGUGGACACAAACCUGCUCAACUCAUUGACGAAGUGACGAGUUAUGAAACCCCGGGAAUUCUGAUCCGGACGGAUGGAAAGACGGAGACGGUGCGAAGCCCCGAUAUCAAAGGCAGAUCUGCGUGGAGGCCCAUUCCAGUCUUGAGAUAGUUGCUGUCCCCAUACAUCCAAAGCAAAGGGACGGUACGCACAUUGAAGAGUGCAUCAUAUCAGGCGUUGUUGGGUUUGCAACAUGUGUGUGAUUCUUGCAUCUAUGUCCGCGUUGCAUAGACGGAUCACAUAGAUAGAGAGAGCGCAGAGAUGUGAUGGUGUGUUCUUGCAUGUGUGCUGUGUCUGUGUGGCAUGACCCCGUCGCUAUAUGAUGGCUACGAUAUACAAGAAUCCAUACCUUGACAAUACAACUAGAUGACGUUAUCCAAGUAUCUUGAAUCCCAUCUUCAGACUCUGCCCGUGAAUUUCUUUCGUAACCUCUCUUCUGUAACGCG